AUGGGUUGGGGCGGCUACGGCAAGGGUGGCUAUGGCUGGGGCAUGCCGCCCAUGAUGAUGAUGGCUUACAAAGGCAAAGGCAAAGGACUUCGUGGCUUCUCAAACGAGAAGAAGGUUUGGAUUGGGGGCCUUCCAGCUGGUCCGACAAACAUUGAGACCAACAAGAAGCUGAAGGAGCACAUGUCCCAGGCUGGAGACUGCGUCUUUGCUGAGAUUAACAAGAAUGGUAUUGCCGGUGCCGCAUACAAGACGCCAGAGGAUGUGCAGAAGGCGGUGGCAACUCUCAACGGGUCCAUGUUUGAAGGCGUCCAGAUCCAAGUCGAUAUUUGGCAGAAGCCUGCAGCCGAGCCACAAGCUUGA